CAAGGAAUCACACGUGCCUAUUCUCGCCCCGGAAAAGAAGGGGAGCGCAGCCAUUCACACCUGCCCGUGUUCUGUUUCCUUGCAGGGUCUCGGCUCCUGUGCUGAGAUGCCCCCUCCGUGCCCCUCGGGCCCGCACCGCCAUGGACGCCCCCUCUAACUCUGCCUCCUCCUCCUCCUGCUCCCCUGCUGCUGCGCCCCCGGCCGAUGGGCAGGAUGACAGGGUCGCGGUCCGGCCCCCUCAGGGCUCUCCUGCCUCUCCAGCCACCAAAGAAACCCCCCUCUCGGACCCUCCCUCCUCCGCCUCCUCUUCUCCGGAUGAACUCAUGAGGCCCGGCUCCCAAGCAGCGCCCGGCUCCGCGAAGCUCUCGGCGGCUGUCUCGUCCACGCUGCCACAGGCAGGCGGUGGCCCAGGAACGCCGAGCCCGUCGCCCGGCCCUCCGACGACGAUCCCCGCCGAAGAUGGGGCCAAGCGAGAAGCGGGCGGAGAGGAGGAAGAGGACGGCGGCCGCGAGGCCCAGCUCUUCUUCUCUGCCGACGGCUCGGCCUAUCUCCUCAGCAGCGGCCACGUUCUCUUACCAAAGGGCUCCCCAAGCACCGCAGCUCCCCUGGUGUCCAUCCUCCACGUCUCAAGCGGUGGAGGGCCCAGCCAAGGCUUUACGUCUACUGACCAAAUGUCCCAGAAUACCUCAGCGCCAGGCGAGUGGACUCCUCGCGGCGCCUUCAACAGUUACCGACUGGCCGGGGCCCCCGCGCGAACCACGUCUGCCAAAAACUCUCCCACCAAACCCAAAGACGCCCCCGCCGCCUGUGUGGAAGAUGAGGAAGACUCCAAAGGGGAAGCCAGCCCUGGCCGAGAGGAGCUGCCUGGGCCGCCCGUCUGGCUCUGCCUCACAUGCCGCCUCUCCUUCUGCCGGGGCCGGGCGCUGGCAUCGCACGCCUGUGCCGCCCACGGGGCACAGCUGAGCACCAACCAAGGCCAGGCCCUGACCAGAGGGGCUCCCGCCGUGUUCCAGGGUACCACGCUUGGCUUCCUAGAACCAAAUAACCCCACCAAGGCCGACCUCAGUGCCGGAAUGUGUAGCAGAUGGGUGAAUGUAACAGGGGAGGGGGAGGAGGAGGAGGAGGAGGAGGAGGAAGCGCAGGGGAGCUCCGAAAGACAAUGCGAGCCGCCCAAUGCCAAAGAGUCGAGGGUCGGCAGCACACGCUGGGUCAAGGGGGACACGGAGGACCACCCAGAAGAAGAGGAGGAGGAGGAGGAGGAGGAAGCAGCAGCAGCAGCAGCAGCAGCUGAAAACCAGAGAGAGGAGGGAAGGCUUCCCCCAGACCAAAGUUCAAACGGCCAAAGCCCCCCCAUGGGUGCCAACACCCCCUUCUCAGAGACACAGCCGAUGAAAGCGGGCGGCGGCAACGUGGAGGUUACCGUCGGGUUGCCCAAGGAAGACGUACACGCGGAGUUGGCCGGCAAAGCCGCCGGGUCGGCCGGCAACACGGUUAACGCACAACUGGCCCACGAGGCCGCUCCGGCCGAACUCGCCGGGGAGACGGACGCCGCUGGACUGGCCGCCAAAGCCCACGGGGACCAGCUGGCGAACGAUGCAGACGGCGCCAGCCCGGCCCACGGCGGCGGGCCUGUGGGGCCGGCCGGCGACCUCGCGGGCCUCGGGUUCGAGCUCGGCGCCGGGGUCGGCAGCCACAACGGAGGGGCCGCCCUGAGCUUCGGGGAGGACUUUGCCGCCAUGGCCUACUCAGGGCUGACCCUGUCCGGACACAUGUCCCUGCUGCACUCGCGCAACUCCUGCAAGACGCUGAAAUGCCCCAAGUGCAACUGGCACUACAAGUACCAGCAGACGCUGGACGUGCACAUGAAGGAGAAGCACCCGGAGAACAACAGCCACUGCGCCUACUGCAGCACCGGGGGGCCGCACCCCCGCCUGGCCCGGGGCGAGAGCUACAACUGCGGCUACAAGCCCUACCGCUGCGAGGCCUGCAACUACUCCACCACCACCAAGGGCAACCUCAGCAUCCACAUGCAGUCCGACAAGCACCUGGCCAACCUGCAGGGCUACCAGGGCCCCGGGAGCGGCGGGGCCCCCCCGGGGGCGCCCCCGGGGGCGCCCCCCCCGUCCCCGCCCGAGGAGAAGGAGCCGAAGGGCAAGUCCUCGUGGCAGUGCAAGGUGUGCAGCUACGAGACCAACAUCUCCCGCAACCUGCGCAUCCACAUGACGUCCGAGAAGCACAUGCAGAACGUGCUGCUGCUCCACCAGGGGCUGCCCCUGGCGCUGCCGGGGUUGCUGGGGCAGCCGCAGGCCCCACCGGGGGGCAAGCCCCCCCCGGAGCUCUUCCAGUUCUACGGGGCGCAGGCCCUCGGCCACCCCCACCACCCGCACCCCCACCACGCGCACCCCGGAGCCAGCCCAGCCCUGCGGGGGGACAAGCCCCCGGAGCCGGCGCAGCUCCUGCUCAACGGAGGCUUCCCGCACCUCAGCGCCACUGGCCGCAAGAUGGCCGCCCUGGGGUCAGGCCCCGCUUCUCUCUCCCCGGAGCCGGCCCCACCCUCCCCGCUGCCGCCCCAUCCUGGAUCGGACCCGGCGGCCCCCCAGAGGCUCUUUGGCUGCCUGGUGUGCCAGGCGUUCGGCACCGACAGCCUGGAGGCCCUGCUGAGGCACGCCUCGGCCCCCCGCUCGCUGCCCGAGGCGGAGUGGAAGGAGGUCUCGGGCGACCUGCACCGGUGCCGGCUCUGCGCGUACGGCACGCAGCUGAAGGCCAACUUCCAGCUGCACCUCAAGACCGACAAGCACGCCCUGAAGUACCAGCUGGCGGCCCACCUGCGCGAGGGGGGUGGCCUGGGGGCCCACGUGGGGGCCGAGCUUCCCCUCGGGCCUCCCCUGCACCUGCACUGCAACAUCUGCGAAUUCGAGACCAACAGCAAGGAGAAAAUGCGACUGCACGUGGCGGGGGCCACCCACCAGGAGGCCCUGCAAGGGUACAAGUUCCUCCUGGAAAUGGAGGCCGCCUCGGCAGCCGGCCCCGAAGCCGCCCCCUUCCGCUGCCUCCUGUGCAGCACGGACACGGCGAACCGCCUGGGCAUGCUCCAGCACCUCCGCUCCCCGCAGCACCGGGACGCCCACGGCCAGUGGCGCCUGCAGCUCCUCCAGAACGGGGAAGGCACGCCAGGCCUGGAGAGAUACAUCUGCUUCGCUCCCGCCAACCCUGCCGGUAGAGGCCUCGCGGAUCGGGCCACGUGUGAGCAGCGCGCGGGGGGGGGAGGGAAGGAAUCCAUGCCAGAGACCCCAUCCCCUGAGAAAGAAAUGCUAAAUAAAGCCCAGACAUCAGGUUCUGAUGAGACUGAAACAAAAGCCGGAGGUGUGGGCGAUACGACGGUGGUCUGCUGCCCCUUCUGCAACUACGUGGACCCGUCCGCAGAAGCCGUGCGGGCUCACACCUUUUCCCAGCAUGCCGUGCAGCCCAAGUUCCGCUGCCCGCUGUGCCAGGAGCAGCUCAUGGGCCGCGCCAACCUCCGCUUCCACCUCAGCCACAUCCACAACGUGGUACCCGAAUGCGUGGAGAAGCUUCUUCUGGUGGCCACCACGGUGGAGAUGACGUUUGCCACCAAAGUUGUUCCUGGCCACAGUCCCCCUCCCGACCCACCCAAGCCAAGUGGGGCCUCCAGCACAGAGCAAGGGGCCGGAAAUGGACCUACAAGUCCCCUCGUUGCAGCGACCACAGGGGAGAAAGCGCCCCCAACUCCUGCGCUUUGCCCCGGAACACCGCUGCCUGCUGCGCCCGCCUCCCCAGACCCACCUGCUCCUGCCAAGCCACUGGAGAAGCACCCUCCCACAUCUGCGACUCCUCCUGUGCCUCCUCUUCCUCCUCCUCCUCCUCCUCCACCUGCACAGGAGUCCGAAGAGGAAGACCCUCCGAGACCAAACGCUCCCACCGACGAGCCACCGCCGCUCUCGCAUCUCCCCGCCGAGCCCCCCGAGGCCUCCCCUCUGGCCCCCCCCAGCCAAGACCCACGACACCCCCUCUCCUACCGCAAGGCAACCAAUUUUGCCUUGGAUAAGUUCCUGGACCCGGCCAGGCCGUACAAGUGCACCGUCUGCAAGGAAUCCUUCACCCAGAAGAACAUCCUGCUGGUGCACUACAACUCCGUCUCCCACCUCCACAAGAUGAAGAAGGCCUCGGCCGACCCCUCGGUGCCAUCGCGGGGCGAGUCGGGCGCCCCGGGGGCCCUGCAGCCGUCCUCGGACAAGCCCUACAAGUGCACCACCUGCCGCGUCUCGUACAACCAGAGCUCCACCCUGGAGAUCCACAUGCGCUCCGUCCUGCACCAGACCCGCUCCCGGGUGGCCAAGAUGGAGGCCGCCGGCAAGGCGGAGCUGCCGCCCGCCGAGGCCGAGCACCCCGGCGAGGCCUCGCUGGAGGCGGAGGCCCCCGGCUGCGUGCAGGUGCCGGCCCUCCCCUUCCUGGCGCCCCCCGCCGCCGAGCUGCAGCGCUUCCCCGCCCCGCUGUUCACGCCGCCGCUGCUGCCCCCCUUCCCGCUGGUCCCGGAGUCCCUCCUGAAGCUGCAGCAGCAGCAGCAGCAGCUGCUGCUCCCGUUCUACCUGCACGAUCUCAAGGUGGCCCCCAAGCUGGCGCUGGCGGCCCCCGCCCUGACCCUGCCCACCACCCCGCCGGUGCUCCUGCCCCCCCUGCCGCCCAAGGAGGAGCACCCCCCGCCGGCGGGCGGCAGCUCCGGCAAGCCCGAGCCGCCCGAGGAGGCCGAGGCCGAGGAGGCCGAGGGCAACCCGCCGGGGAGCGAGGCCUCCCGCACGGCGGCCAGGGCCCUGCUGGAGAACUUUGGCUUCGAGCUGGUGAUCCAGUACAACGAGGGCAAGCAGCCCUCGGCCGCCGCCCCGGCGGUGCCCCCCCGCCCCCCCGCGGGCAAGCUGCAGUGCGGCUCGUGCGGCAAGCAGUUCUCCAACAUGCUCAUCCUGAAGACCCACGAGGAGCACGUGCACCGGCGGUUCCUGCCCUUCGAGGCCCUCAGCCGCUACGCCGCGCAGUUCCGGAAGAGCUACGACAGCAUGUACCCCCCGCCCCCGGCCACGCUGCCGGUGGAGAGCCCGGCCGCCCCCACCGCCGCCCCCAGUGUGGUGGAGACCAGCUCCGUCCCCGUGGCGCCCGCCCCCGUGCCCCUGGAGAUGCCCCCGCUCUGCCCGCCAUUUCUGAUGCAGCCCCUGCCCGUGGUGGUGCCGCCCCCGGAGAGCGAGGCGGCCCGCGUGUCCCCUGAGCGCCUGAAGUCGCUGUGGUUUCGGGGCGAGGAUGAGGACGGCGGCCCCGGAGGGCUGGACGCCCCCCGGGGGAGCUUCCCCAGCACCCGGCGCUUCUCCCGCACCAAGUUCACCGAGUUCCAGUCCCAGGCCCUGCAGUCCUUCUUCGAGUCCAGCGCCUACCCCAAAGACGGCGAGGUCGAGCGGCUGUCGCAGCUCCUGGGCCUGCCCAACAGGGUCAUCGUGGUCUGGUUCCAAAACGCCCGCCAGAAGGCCCGCAAGUGCGGGGGCAGCGACGCCAGCGUGGGCAGCGGCCACCCGGCCGUGCAGCCCGCCUGCAAGAAGUGCCCGGCGGCCUUCCGCUGCAUCUUCGAGCUGGUCCGCCACCUCAAGAAGUGCUACAACGACCAGCCCGAGGAAGGGGAGGGCGACGGCGCCGAGGAGGAGAACGAGGCCCCCGAGGAAGAGGAGCAGGAGGAGGAGGAGGAGGACGAGCCGCAGGGGGCGGCGGGCGCCGAUGGGGAAGCGAAGGCAGAGGCUGCCGGGGAGAAGGCCCUGGAGGAGGAGGCGCCCGUCGCCCCGGCGGAGGGAUCCGGCGGCCACCCCUGCGACCAGUGCACCAGCAAGUUCUCCAGCGCGGAGCUCCUCGGCAUCCACCGGGCCAGCCACGCGCCAGGCGCCGGCCCUCCGCCGGCGGCCGCGGCCCCCCAGCCCGCCCUGGAGCUAGGGCCCUUGGCAUUUGGCGAGCGCGCCCCCCACCCGGAUGCUUCCCGGGCGCCGAAGCGGAAGCACGACGACGGGAGCCUGUCGCCCACGGGGAGCGAGUGCGCCAGCGUGGCUGGGGGGGACGGCGAGCCCCCCCGGGACAAGCGCCUGCGCACGACCAUCUUGCCCGAGCAGCUGGAGAUACUGUACCGCUGGUACAUGCAGGACUCCAACCCGACCCGGAAAAUGCUGGACUGCAUCUCCGAGGAAGUCGGGCUCAAGAAGAGGGUGGUGCAGGUCUGGUUCCAGAACACCAGAGCCCGGGAGAGGAAGGGCCAGUUCCGGUGCAACUCCGGCACCGCCAACCCGGGGAGCAAGCUCCCGCCGGUGCUCCCCACCGCCUUCCCCAAAUUCAACCCUCCGCCACGUGACCCUCCCGUCCAUUACGGGGCUUCCUUUACCGCCAGCCUCCCCACAGUGAGCCUGCCGCCACCGCCGGCAAAGCCAGAGGCUCCCCUUGAGCCCCAGAUGCAGGAAGAGAUGGCCGAAGAGGAGGCGCACAAGGAGAACGAGGAGCGGAGCCUGUCCGGAGGGGAGCUGAGCGACUCCUCGUCUUCCUCCUCCUCGCUGGCCGAUCUGGACUUCUCCGGCAGCCGCCGGAGCCGGGCCGCAGAUGGCGGGCCCGCGGGCUCGCACGACUCCCUCGGCCAGCGGCGCUACCGCACCCAGAUGUCCAGCCUGCAGCUGAAGAUCAUGAAGGCCUGCUACGAGGCCUACCGCACGCCCACCAUGCAGGAGUGCGAGGUCCUGGGGGAGGAGAUCGGGCUGCCCAAGCGCGUGAUCCAGGUGUGGUUCCAGAACGCGCGGGCCAAGGAGAAGAAGGCGAAGGCGGCCAGCAGCGGGGCCGGCAGCGGCGGGGACGAGGGCCCCCCCGGCGCCAAGGCGCAGACUGAGUGCCCCUACUGUGAGGUCAAGUACGAUUUCUACGUGUCCUGCCGCGGACACCUCUUCUCCCACGGCCACCUGGCCCGACUCAAGGAGGCGAUCAAAGCCCAGCUCAAGAGCGAGAGCAAGUGCUACGAGCUGGUGCCCGAUAAAGGGACCCCCUCCCCGACCAGGCUGGGGGCGCCGGGGCCUCCCCCCACCGCGCCGCCGUCGUCGCUUGGGAGCAUGCCCCCCUUUGUGCCAGGCCCUUCCUCCUCCUCCUCCUCCUCGGGGGCCCUGAGCUCGUCGCUGGCAUCCACCCAGCCAGGGCCCUCUUUACCUCAGCGCCUCACGCCGGAACCGGCCCAGCUCGGCCCCUCCACAGAGCCCGCGCCUGCUCCAGAGACCUCCCCGAGCGACGGCCAGGCGGACCCCGCCUCGAACUCCGUGCAGGAGCCCUCCUUGUCCUCCACCGCCACGCUGAAGAGCCUCAAGACGCUGAAGGCCGCCGUGCCGGCCCUGCUGGGCGGCCAGUUCCUGCCCUUCCCCUUGCCCGCGGCGGCCGCGGCGGCCGCCCCCUCGCUCUUCGGGGCCCAGCUGCCCGGGGCCUACUUCCAGCAGCUCUACGGCAUGAAGAAGGGGCUGUUCCCCAUGAACCCCGUCAUACCUCAGACACUUAUGGGGCUGCUGCCCAGCCCGCUGCUCCCCACACCCACGCCCGAGCCGCCCGUCGAGGUGCCCGAGGCGCCCGGCAUCUCGACAGUUGACGUGACUCACCAGUACCUGUGCCGCCAGUGCAAGGCGGCCUUCGAGAGCGAGGGGGCGGCCGCCGCCCACCAGGCCGCUUUCUGCUACUUCGGGCGCCAGCCCCCCGCGGCCCCCGCCCCGCUGCGGGUGCCCGUGUGCACCUACCACUGCCUGGCCUGCGAGGUGCUCGUCAGCGGGCGCGAGGCGCUGGGGGCCCACCUGCGCUCCAGCGCCCACCGGCGCAAGGCCGGCUCCAACGCAGCAACCGCAUCGGUGUUUGCCAAAGAGGAAUCCAAAUUACCUCACUCGGACUCCAACCCAAAAAGUAAUGCUACCUCUACAACACUUCUAGCUUUAUAGAGACGGAUGCUACACUGCCACCGGUCGAGAGAGAAAAUGGCCGACGAACCAGCCAGCAGAGGGAUGGGCGCCCGCUCGGGGACCCCCUCGGCCCGUCCCGUCCCACCCCGCCACCCCACCCUUCCCUGGUGCCAGUGAGGGACGUGAUCUGUAGACACGCGAGAUGGCUGCCUGACCGAGCCCAGGGCCCUCCCAGGAUUCCCACCACAAAGCCCAUCCAUCCGGGGGAGACCCAGCUGAGCCGAGCUUAGUCUCGCAGAAAUCCCGCCCGCCCGCCCGUUGGGAAGGCCCUGGAGCCCUCCACCUGGCGUGGCUCUCUCCAGAAGGGUCCCCUGGCAAUGCCAUAAUCCUAGUUGGAGUGGCUGUGUGCUCCUGGGGAUUAUGAGAAUUUCAGGCCAGGACGCCUGGGGGGAGCCAGGCUGGGAAGGGUGGCUGUAGGGCAUCCGUUUCCCUCCCCAGGCCCUCUUGCUGCAGGCGCUGCUAAGGAUUGGCCGAGGAGGCCGGUGCCAGCUACCUGGGUCCCACCUGGACCAGCACUGCUGCCCAAGCCGUCAACCCCUCCCUGCCACACCCAGAGUCACCGCUAACAGGUCUCCCCGACCUACCUGGAGUCCCCAAAUCCUCCUCCUCCUGCAGCUUAUGCAUGUGCCCCCAGAGUUCUUCCUUUUCCACACGCCUCCGUCCAGGACUCUGCACCCCCUUCACUAUCCAGAGAUCUUUCCCCCCUUUGGGGCAAGACGAUCCCCGCCAUUUCCCCGUCUGGGCAGGCAAGCGCUCUCCUCCCUCGGCCCUUUUGUAUGCCAAGGAGGCAUCUCUCCCGUCCCUUCUGGGAAAUGUCCCAAGGUCCCUCUUCGCCCUGAGCCCCAUGUGGCCUCCCACGGCACAAAGCACCCCCGCGCCCCUCCCCUGCCCGCCCGCCCUCCCUCUGCCCCCUGCCCUGCCCGGGGCAGAUGCUGGCUCGAUCCUGACCCACGACAACCACGUCUCCCCUUUCUCUCUCUCUCUCUCACACACACACGCGCGCGCACGCCCUGGUUGAGCUCCUUCUCUCACACUUACCUUCCACCCUUUUACUGUGCUACCAACUGAAAAAGGCCAAAAAAAAGCAAAGCAAACAAAAAGAAUGGACAGAAAGAAAGAAACCUAUUAACCCAAGGAGACAAAACUUAAGGGGGGAGGGGGGCAAAGAUGAGGAACUGACUCGGCCCACCUCCACCCUCACAAGAGCAUGUGCUCCCCCCAUGAUGUAUAAUAAUUACCUUCAAGGAUGAAUGGACAGAUUCCCGAACUGUUGAUGGAUUUGAACGACUUGAACAGCAACCAAACAGGGAAAGAAAGACGCACCCUCUCUCUUCUUUCCCACCAUUUUUUCUCUCUCUCUCUCCUCCUCCUCCUCCUCCUCCUCCCCGUUGGGUCUUUACCUGCACCGGGGAACCAAAUAAAACCGACAACCUCACUGUCUUUUUCCUCCUGAUAGACGUGACUUCCGUCUCUGCGCGGGAAACGACACAAAUCCUAUUCCGAUGGCUUUAAAAAGAAAAAAAAGAAAAGAAGUAGAAAAAAAAGCAGAAGGAUCCUUCCGUCAGAAGCACAGACCAUGUGCCGAGUGCCGACGUCCUUGCAAAAAAAAGAAAAAGAGAAAAAAAAAAGAAAAAACACAAACCCUCUUUAUGAAUCCAAAGCUCUUAAAAACUUCUAUACAAUAACCAAAAAGAAAAAAGAAAACCAACAGUGAGAGAGAGAAUACCCACCAACAAAAAGAAUAAUAGAAAGCAAACUGGAAAUAAUUUUUUUUAAAGACAUAAGAUGAAGAAAAAAGUUACGCCCUCACAUUUCCCCUUCCUCUUUGUGUCAGUUCUUUUGGGGUUCUUUUCUUGUUCUUUUCAUUCCUGCUACGUGUUUUUUACACCCACCCAACCAACAAAGAUGGACAUGAAUUUUAAGAAGUUGAUGAAAGUGGAAACCUGUGGGGUAGAGAAGGGGAUGCAAAGAGUCCCCAAACACACAUAACCAAACAAACUAUAGGUGGGGGUGUUAAGGAGGGAUGGGUUGAAACAGGGGCUCACCUGUGGCCCCCUUGUUUUCCUCAGACCCCUCUUCUCCCCCUAACUCUACACCCCAGAAUGGGGGAAAUGUCUUUCUGUUGUGUAUUUAAAGGGGGGGAUGGGGAACGAUAAAAAAUAAAAAGAAAUAAAAAUUAUAUUAAAGAGA